CGCACGAACGCCCUUGUUCGGACGAGGGGUUUCGCUGAAGCAGACUCGACGCGUUCGCAGUCACAGGAGAGCCUCCAAAUGACCAACUUUCGACGCUAUUUUCCCUCCUGCUCGCAGCUCUGCGCGAGUCUCAGGACUCGCAGCAAAGAAUAUGUUCGGGAAAACACGCUUCAUGGGUUCCCGUACUUUGCCGAUUCUCGGCGACCACUCUGGGAACGAUUCGUGUGGUUCGCGUGCACGAUGGCCUCGAUAGGCGCGGUCGUCGGAAUCAUAGUGACGAUUUUGGAAAACUUCAGCAGAGAUCCCGCCCUCGUUGGACUCGACACCGAGACCGGCAAUUGGGUCACCAACUUUCCGAAUGUUAUACUCUGCCAACGCGAUCCCGAUUUCGACUUCGGGCCUGACCAAUCGAAUGCAGAGCACUACAAGGCGAUGUACGCGUGGUCAUGGCGCACGGGGAGCGUUCGGCAGCCCGGCUCGAAUAAAAUGGUGGGGACGCGAGGUUACAGCGAAAUUUUUUAUCGCGCUGCAGCAGAUUGCAAAGAUGUGUACGAGGAUUGCCAAUACGCUGGAAAAGCGGUGCCGUGCGGCGAGCUUUUUCGGAAGGUUUUAACGCCUCGUGGCGUUUGCUGUUUCAUCCCAGCGACUCGGAUCACCAGGGAGACAAGCCCGUGGGGAUUUUCCGUCCGGACCAAGGCCUAUCCUAUCAGCGUCGAUUUAUUCGACGAAGAGACAGCGCCGCCCGAGCGGGGUGCAUCGUUCGCGUACCACGCGACGGGAGGGAUGAGCGCGAGGAUAACGAUACAGUUUAGUUACGCGACCGCAGCGAUGCAAUCGAUAUCGUUGAGUCGUCGCAAGUGUUUCCUUGCGUCGGAGUAUUCGUCGUUGGACGGUUGUCGGAGGGAUUGUCAAAACAAGCGUUCGCUCGAGGCGUGCGGUUGCCUGCCCUGGUUCCUCGUCUCGACAUCGGAGCUCGAUCAAGAGAAGCGCGAGCACAAAGAGUGCGCUCGUCCAGCCGAUUACGAUUGUUUGUCCCGGGCGAGCGGAACGGUUCUGGCGAGAUGCGGUUGUUACCUGUCGUGCAAUCACACGUCGUACGAAUUCAAGCAACUGGAAUUGUCGGACAGCGAUACCCUGGAGAUUCAAAUGACAAAUUGGCCGAUCGUCCUCUACAAGCACGACGUCAGAUUCGAUUGGCUGGACCUGCUCGUAUCGUUCGGCGGAAUAGCCGGACUUUUUGUCGGCUAUUCCCUCCUGACCACCGCCGAGCUCGUUUACUAUUUCUUCCUCAGAUCAUACUGCGGCGCGGUACUCGCGACGACAAAACCGAAAAAAACCAAUAAAACGAUUCGGAUACGAGUUUCCUCGGCCUCGGCCCCGCUCCGCGAUCGCCCAUCCGGCACCUCUCGUAUCCAGCGCUUCGAUUACACGAGCAAGCAUUUUUACUACCACGAUUAUCACUAUUGACCUCAUCCGAGAUGCCAAGUUACUGGCAACUCGUCAAUAAACACACAAAAACGACUAAAUAAUCAGCCCCUUUUCCAACAACUCUUUCCCUUUCGUGCAAUUUUCACCUCGUUAUAUUUUCAAAUUUCAACUUCAUCGUAGACCGUUCCCAUCGUUAUGGAAUAACGAAUCCAACGGUAUACGAUUGAAGCUCACUAGCGCGUAUGGGAAUCGUUUUAUCCCGGAGAGCAUAUUGGCCUGAUUAUCCAGCUCACUGUGAGCUUUACAUUGGAUAAAAAGAAUGGCGGGGCUCUAAGGUUAAUGAUCUACUCGAUAUUGUUUCAUUAAGAAAGAGUAUACCCUGU